CUCAACUGAUGUAUCUGUAUGAAGUUUUUUUCCUUUCUUUAUGGCAAAUACAUAUACAAUCCACGCGGUUUGUGGGAUCGAACGGUGCACACCAAAUACCGCGUAAUCUUCCUUAAUGAUCAUAAAAAUAAAAUUCAACUUUUCUUUAGCUUAACCUCAAAUAUUUCUCAUCAACUACGUCUUUAUCUUUAUUCUUCCUUUGUUUUUCCUUCUUUAAACUUCAAGAAAAAUGUUCUUUUUAUUACUAGUCUUGUUCUUGGCUGGUUUUCUAAAUCUUUACUUCUUUUUACCUUCCAAGAAAUUAUAUGCAUGCCUCCAAUCUUUUUUCUUCAAGAACAAGAACUCUUCCAAAGAAGUUGUAAGUACCCAAUUGUUAGUUUUGAAAAAAGAAAAUACUUCUUUGAAAAAUAAUGAUGAGCUCAAGAGUGUAUUUGCUACUUUUGACAAGAAUGGUGAUGGGUUCAUUACCAGGCAAGAACUAAAAGAUUCACUCAAGAACAUAAGAAUCUUCAUGACUGAACAAGAAGUUGAAGAGAUGGUGAAGAAAGUUGAUUCUAAUGGAGAUGGAUUAAUAGAUUUUGAGGAGUUUUGUCUACUGUGCGAGUCUUUGGCUAUGACUUCAUCAAAUCAAGAAGAAGAAGAAUUAAAAGAAAAUGAUCAAGAUGAGAAUUUGAAGGAGGCUUUUGAAGUGUUUGAUAGGGAUAAAGAUGGGUUAAUUUCAGUACAAGAAUUAGGGUUGGUGCUGUGUUCUUUGGGAUUAAGAGAAGGAAAAAGAGUGGAAGAUUGUAAAGAAAUGAUUAAGAAAGUUGACAUGGAUGGAGAUGGAAUGGUUAAUUUUAAUGAGUUUAAGAAGAUGAUGACAAGCUCAAAGCUUAAGCUCUAGUAAGGCCUUUUUAAUCUCUCUUGGCAUCUCUUAAUUAAUUGAUGGGUGGUGAUCAUCAAUUGCUAAAUUAUCUAACAUUAGUAUAGUUUAUUACAAUUGAAGCUUCUAAAUAGACUCUAUCAAUUACGUUAUUCCAUAAAUUGCAUUAGUAAAAUUAUGACGCAUUACUGAAUGAUGUCGAUAAUAUUAUGUAAAUAACUAAAAUAUUAUCAUCAUUCAAUAUGUGAUUUAAUAGUUUUACUAAUUUAUUCGGAUGACGUAGUGGAUAGCUAGAGUCUAUGCAAAAAUUUCUUUUACUACUAUUUCUUGCAAGCUUAAUGCGUGUAAUACUUGUUAAUUGCAUUAGUAGCCUAUUUUUACUACAAUUGCUUGCAAGCUUAAUGUGUGUAAUAGUUGUAAAUUAAAAGUAAGCUCUCUUUUUUCUGAAUUGCAACAUUGUAUAUAAUGGAUAUUUUUUUGUA